AUGGACCAUAUUACAAAACUUGUUGAAGCCAUCCGCCUACCGCAACGCAUUGACCGUGAAAAACUUGCACCUAUUGUCAGCAUUGCGGCUGCGACUACAGUUUUGUUUGCCUCUUAUAAGCUAAUCUCAGCCAGCAAACACAAAAAAAAGAUGAGAGAACAAGGUUUCAAGGAGAUUCCUGUACCUGGUGCUUGUUACCCAUAUGUCGGCCAUAUGUUUUCCUUGGGUGAAUUGCCUGGAAAAACUGUUUCUGAAUGGCAUCGUGAAUUGGGUCCUCUUAUCAAGAUCAAAAUGGGUUGUCAAGAUUGGCAUAUUAUCGAUGAUCCUUUCCUAGCGCACAAGAUAUUCGUGACCCAUGGUGCCAAUACAUCGUUCAGGCCUUAUAGCACUUACUCGUACGAGUAUUACAGUUUUAAGGGGAAGGGUAUUGUGUUUAGUCAACCAAAUGAGUCCUUCAAGAUGUUUAGAUCAGCUGCUCUCUCUGUACUUUCACCUAGAAUGAUUGACCAGAAUUACACGGACUCCAUUCUAAAAGAAUCCUCUGAGUUGGCCAAAAGAUUAAUCAAUGCAACCGAGAUCAAUGGCAGCGUUGAUCCGUUAAAGUGUCUGGAGCUAUUGACCUUGAAUGUCAUUUUCAAUGCUGGCUUUGGAAGAAGCUUCAAAAACAUUGAUGAUCCCGAAUUUCAAACUUUGGCGCAUGUGGUUGAAAAAACCAUGAAAUUAGCAGCGUUGAAGAAUGAUUUGCCUAGUUUCUUGCCCGCUCUCUCCGUCAUCGAUUAUUUCUUUGGCACAGAAGCCAAAAUGAAGAGUUUCAUCUAUAACGAAAGAAAUCCUACCUACAGAAAACUGAUCAGAGAAGCUUUUACAAAAGAAGGGCCCAACAUCAUCAAGUCUAUUGGAGAAAAUGGCUAUGUUAUGGAUGAAAAUGAUAUGGUUGUAUUUAUGUCUGAUUUAAUUGCUGCUGGUACCGACACAAUUUCUGUCACCAUGUCCUGGAACUAUGCGAUUUUGUGUAGAUACCCUGAUCUUCAAAAAAGGGUCUCUGACGAGAUUGAUGCCUUUAUCAGAACUCACGGCCGUAUCCCUCACUUUAAUGAAAGAGAGGAAAUCCCACUUUGUAUCUCUGUUAUGAAGGAAUGCAUGCGAUAUAGGCCCACAAGUUCUUUUGGUCUCUCGCAUACAACUGAUAAAGACAUUAUUGUGGACGGCUACUUCAUUCCCAAGAACAGCACCUUGAUCUCCAACAUGGGAAGCAUGCAUACCAAUACUGAACGUUAUAAAAAUCCUUUUGAGUUUAUUCCAGAGAGAUUUUUGAAUAAUCUCAAGACAAUGCAAGCUUCAGCAAACGGUAGCAUAGAACAAAGAGAUACCUAUAGUUUUGGAUGGGGACGACGCAUAUGUCCGGGCAUCUACUUGGCUGAGGUGGAGAUCUUUUAUGCUUUUGUUCAGGUGUUUGCUAGAUGCUUCAUUGAACCAGCUGUACCUGGAGAAUACCCCAACCUCGAUGGAGGAAGAGAUGCUGGUCUGACCGUCUUACCUCUUGCAUAUAAUGUCAAAUUCGCUAGACGUCCAAAUGCUCUUGUUGCUUAA